AAGCGGUGAAAAUCCAGACUGAAAGUUUUCGCCAGAGGAGGAGGAGCAGCAGCAAGGAAAAAAAAAAAAAAAAGGAAAAAAAAUCCCACAAACUAAGAUUCGAGGAGACAAGUCGAGAUUCGAAGAUUCUUCUUUAGAUACCCAAAAAGCCAUGAAUCAAGAGCUUUUCAGAUAAAACAGCACCGACUCAGCUUAAUUCCUGGUCUCGUUUUACCCUCGUUACUUCACUCUGUUUCACCGUUCAAAUCUGGUACCCAUCUGUUAUUAUCAAUUUAAUUCUUAGCUUAUUGACUCUGUUUUUUCCGUUUAUGGUUUCGUUUAGUCCCAGUCUCACUUGGGUUUUAUUCAUUUUCUUCUAUUAGAAGUGCAUCCGAAGCCAGAAUAUAUUUAUCAUAAGUUAUUGCUUUGUUAUUUAUCCCGGCAAAUUUGGUUUACUCGGUUUUCCUUUGAUCUAGACUCCUAGUAUUGUGCUCCAAAUAGUAGAUAUGGCAUUUGAUAAAGAUCUAAGACCCUUAAACGUAUCUAGAACUCUAACUGAGGAGCCCCGCAUUGUGGCUGCUACCACCACCGGCCGGAAUAUUGAAGGGUUUUUUGCCAACCCGGUCCCGGUCCGGGAACAAGGAAGCCCCGGGUCCAUUCCCGUUUUUUUACCCGCGCCGGUGUCGGAUGCAGGGUUUGUAGGUUUAGGGUACGGGAAUCAGGCACCGGCUGUCUCGGCAUGGUGCACUCGGGGCCCUGCACCAGUGGGUCAUGCAGGGGUAAAUCCACUGGUUGGGUUUGGUUAUAGUCCCAGUUUAGUCAAUAGGGUUGUUAAUGCUGUUGAUCAGUCGAGCAAUGAAAUGAUGGCCGGGUUUGGUUGUAGUACCAGUAUGGGGAAUAGGGGUAGUGGUAAUGGGAGUGAUCAAAUCAACAAUGAUUCAAUGAAUGCGAGUGCUUAUGGUCCCAAUUUGGGGAAUAGGAGUACUGGAAAUUUAGCCGAGCUCACAAGUGAAGAGGGUGGGGAUGAUUCUGUAUCAGGAAAGAAAGUUAAGUUUUUGUGCAGCUUUGGAGGAAGGAUUUUGCCUAGACCAAGUGAUGGUAUGUUGAGGUAUGUCGGAGGGCUAACAAGAAUCAUUAGCGUGAGGAGAGAUGUCAGUUUUGAUGAGCUUGUACAAAAGAUGGUGGAUACCUAUGGGAAUCCUGUGGUUAUUAAGUACCAGCUCCCUGAUGAGGAUCUUGAUGCUUUGGUAUCAGUUUCAUGCCCUGACGAUCUUGAUAAUAUGAUGGAAGAGUAUGAGAAGCUGCUUGCAAGGUCAUCUGAUGGCUCAGUUAAGUUAAGGUUGUUUUUGUUUUCCUCUUCUGAACUUGAUCCUUCAGGCAUGGUGCAGUUUGGGGAUUUACAUGAUAGCGGUCAAAGAUAUGUUGAGGCAGUGAAUGGUAUUAUGGAUGGGUUUGUUGGUGGCAUCAUGAGGAAGGAAAGCAUAGCAAGUGCUACUUCAACCCAGAACUCUGAUUUUAGUGGGGCAGAGGUUGUUGACGGCUCAGGUCCUGGGCAAGGUGAUUUUGCUGGGAUUUCAUCACCUAAGGAGAUUGUAGCCACUUCUCUUGACGCUCCUCUGAAAGCAGUGUCUAUGGGGCCAAACUCUUCUAUUUAUGCAGAUGGUUCUGGUUUUCCUACGGGAAUUCCAACGUUUAAGACUGAUCCUCCUCAGACCUUAUUGUCUCCGCCUGAGGUUGAAUCAGAGAGGCCAGUGCCUCUAAAUGUACAGCAGCAGCACUUGGGAUUUGAUUUUCAGCAACAUGGAGUAGCACCGCCUGCAACUUACGUGCAGCCUUAUGUUGAUCCUCGGCAAGAAGUUCCAAACCAAGCAGAUUAUCUGCAUCUUCCUUCCCAAAUGGGAUUUCCAAAUCCUCAAAUUUUGGGUAAUGCUGGUUCAACAUUCACCCAAGCUCAGUUUCGUGAGAAUGCUAUUGGAGUUGCCCCCCCUCAUUUUAUUCCUGCUGUUCCCAUGACAGUGACUGCCCCCACUUCUCAUGCUGGUAGAAGGCCUGUGGUGGUUCAACCAUUGGUGCAACCUCAACAAACUCUGUUAGAGCGAUAUCCUGAUGAAAGUACUCUUCAUUCAAGGGUUCUCCAGCUUCCUGUUGACCACAACUAUAUAUAUCAGUCCCAGGUGCCAACUACAGUGGUUGGAGCAGGUUAUAGCUGGCAUCAACCUUUGCCGUCUGAUCGUGUUGUCUUCUCUAAUGGAUUGACACCUCAUCAGCAGGUAAAUUUUCCCGAGAAAAUACAAAGGUUAGAUGACUGUCUUUUGUGUCAAAAAGCAUUGCCUCAUGCACAUUCUGAUACUAUAGUACCAGAACAAAGAGACAGCGGUUUGAGCCCUAUGUCUGAUUCUGGUUCAGGAGCCUCACUGUAUCACAGUUUCCGUGUAGAAGAUGGCACGAAAAUCCGACCCCUAAACAAGGUUAUAGGGACUGGACCAUUGGGAGAAGGUAUUAUUGAACAGGGAGCUCCGGCUCAGUCAAGGGUUCUUACUCAUUUGGAUCAUCCAGCUGGGGUGCCUCAGUCUGAAGCAACUGUUUUCUCCCGUAAUCUGGAGGCACAACAAGAAAAGGAGAGAAGUGCCCAACAAAGGAUGGAUAAUUUUGAACGUCCAGCUACUCAUGGUGCGACAGGGUUGGUUUGUGAUCUACAAUCACCUUAUGGUGUCUUCAUGGGUCCUAUCCCUGAGUCUCCCCAAAAAGCUGCUGUGCAGCCACAACUUGUACCCACUCAAUACCAGGUUAAGAAUGAACAUAUGCUCAACAAACAUCUCUACAAUGAUGUUCCUCAGAUUGGUGGUUUGCACGUUCAGGCUUCCGAAUCAUUGAUUCGAGAGGCUCAGAAAGAAUAUUCAGUUAAAAUCCCAGUUGUCCCAAAAGAAGAUAAUCAAGAUGCCUCUACAUCCUAUGGUCAUCUGAGGCCAGUUGAUGGGAUGAUGCAGACUCUCCAGAUAUCUUCUUCUGAAAUACAUGUAACCAAUGGACAGAAUAAGUCACCAGUUGAUCGAACUGGAAAGGAAGAAAUAUUGGAUAACAAACACCAGCAAGUUGCAGGAAGAGAGAUGCUUUUAGAUAAUACAUUUUCCAAGCCUCCAGGGGUUAUUGACAUAAAUCACAUUAAACCAAUUGAAUUGCUGCCCUCUUCCUCAACAGUAGUUAAUAAUGUGCACAAUUCUCGACCCGCAGAAACCUAUGAGGUAUCGCAUUCUCAUGUUUUGGAUAAUCCUGGUUUAUAUCAAGAAUCAAAGGUUGGAGAUUAUCACUUGGAUUCUGGUGAUGUUUCUUGUGGCAGAGUUGCAUAUUCUGUAAGUGAUCCGGCUUAUUCGACUGCUAAAGUCCCUGCCAUUGUUGAUUGGAAGGAUGAUGUCUCAUGGUCACAGCCAGAGGUUAUCUUUGCUGAUGCUGAAGCUGUUCCCCUGAGUGGUAGCAGUGUAUCUUCUUUAUCACCACUUACUAGGUCAGGAGAAGUUCAGGAUUCCUCAAAUUCACUGUUUAGCAACCAGGAUCCUUGGAAUUUGCGCCAUGGUACUCAUUUUCCUCCUCCUAGACCUAACAAAAUUCAAAUGAAAAAAGAGGUACUUCCUGCUAAAGAUCACAUUGUUGAGAACCAUUUAGCCAAGGGAGGGGAAUCAAAUACAGAGAUACAAUUGAAGGAUGGAAUUCAACAACUACUGAGCAAUUCAAAUAAGGACUGCAACUCAGAGCAAGCAUGGUCUGCCAAAGACUCAGCAGAAGAACUCAUCAAACAAGAACUUCAGGCUGUUGCUGAGGGUGUAGCUGCUUCUGUUUUCCAGUCCUCUAUCGCUUCCAGUUCUGACUUGCCAGCUCAGAUAAAUGAUUCUGUUCAUGAAUCCAAUCAAGAGAAAGAAAUUUCAAAUAAUGAUCUAGAAAAACAACCUAGAAAUAAAAUUGAGGAGAUUAGGACCAAACUUCCAGUAAGGGCUAACAUUGGUUUUCCUGUUUCAAAUGGUGUUGGUCGUCUGCAGAUUAUAAAAAGUUGUGAUCUUGAAGAAAUGCGAGAAUUAGGUUCAGGCACCUUUGGUACAGUUUAUCAUGGAAAAUGGAGGGGUACAGAUGUUGCAAUUAAACGGAUUAACGAUAGAUGUUUUGCUGGGAAGCCUUCCGAGCAAGAGAGAAUGCAGAUAGAUGAUUUCUGGAACGAGGCAAUUAAGCUUGCUGACUUGCACCAUCCAAAUGUUGUUGCUUUCUAUGGUGUUGUUCUUGAUGGUCCUGGAGGCUCUGUGGCAACAGUAACAGAAUUCAUGGUUAAUGGUUCUUUAAGAAAUGCUUUACAAAAGAGUGAGAGGAAUCUUGAUAAGCGCAAACGUUUGUUGAUUGCGAUGGAUGUUGCUUUUGGAAUGGAGUAUUUGCAUGGGAAGAAUAUUGUACACUUUGAUUUGAAAAGUGACAACUUACUCGUCAAUCUUCGGGACCCUCACCGCCCAAUAUGCAAGGUUGGUGAUUUGGGCCUAUCAAAGGUUAAAUGCCAGACGUUAAUCUCUGGGGGUGUGCGAGGAACCCUUCCAUGGAUGGCACCAGAACUUCUAAACGGAAGCAGUAGCCUCGUCUCUGAGAAGGUGGAUGUAUUUUCAUUUGGUAUUGUGAUGUGGGAACUUCUUACUGGGGAGGAACCAUACGCAGACUUGCAUUAUGGAGCUAUUAUCGGCGGUAUUGUCAGUAAUACAUUGCGGCCACCAGUUCCAGAAUCUUGUGAUCCAGGAUGGAGAUCACUGAUGGAGAGAUGUUGGUCAUCCGAACCGUCAGAAAGACCAAGCUUCACCGAGAUUGCAAACGAGUUGCGCUCUAUUGGAGCAAAGAUUCCUUCCAAAGGAUAGAGUGGAACACAAUCUCAGGUUCAAAAAUAAUUUGAAAGACUGCUUGCAUUUCUUUGUUCAUAAACUCUUCGAUCAUCGGUAAAUUUAUAGGAAAGGAAUUUCUUGUACUUAAUUUUGCCUCAAUGUAACACAACAUCACUGCCAAUGUUAUUGGACAGAACUUGAUAGUUAAUAAAACUUUAUAUGCCUUUCAGUUCUUUGAUA